AUGGCGACGGAGCGAGGAAACAGUAGCAAGGAGCUAAAGGCGGCGACUGGGGCACCAGAAAAAUCACAAGGCGUGGCCCAAGGAAUGGGAGAUCCUUUGAGUCUCCAAGCUUCUGAUCAUCCAGGUAUGAACCUAGUCUUAGCGCUUCUUAUAGGAUCAAACUUCAAAUCAUGGACCAGGGCGAUUAAAAUUGCCCUAGGUGCCAAGAUGAAGUUAGGGUUUGUCGAAGGAAUAGUUUCGACACCUAGCAAAGACUCUGAAGGUUACGAACAAUGGAAGAGAUGUGACUUCAUGGUCACAUCUUGGAUCCUUAACUCCAUCUCCAAGGAACUGGUGGAUAGUUUUAUAUACACUGCUUCAGCCAGAGAUCUCUGGUUAGAAAUAUGUGAAAGGUUUGGAGAAUGCAAUGGCCCUAUGAUAUAUGAACUACACAGAAAAAUUUCUCUUACGUCUCAAGAAAAUGCCUCUGUUGCUGUCUACUUUACUAAGCUAAAGAGACUUUGGGAUGAGUUGGGCUCUAUGGAGACCCUCCCUACCUGUACAUGUGGAGCCUCUAGGGCUAUAGCAGAAAUAACCAACAGAAACAGACUCAUGCAGUUUUUGAUGGGACUGAACGAGUCCUUUGGGUGUGUAAGGGACCAAGUAUUGGGAAUGGAUCCCUUACCAACAGUGAAUAAGGCGUACUCAAUGGUGGUGAAAUUUGAAUCUCAAAGGGAGAUUUUGGGAGCCAUGAGUGACAACUCUGAAUCCCUUGUGUUGUUGAACAAAACCUACACUCAAAGUCAGGCCAGACCAAGAAAGGCUGACAACAAGAAGGGACAUUGCACCUUUUAUCAUAUGAAUGGGCACACUCGGGAUGGGUGUUUUAGACUGAUUGGAUACCCUGAUUGGUUCAAGUCAAAGAACAAAAGUAACACACAAGGGGGAAAUGGAUAUGGAAACACCAGAAUUAUGGCUGCUAUAGAACAAAAUAAACCUGAAGAGGACAAUCCUCUUGAUUAUACUGAUACGUCAAGCAAGAUAAAUGAACUGACAUCCAUGCUGACCUCCCUAAAGCAAGAAGUUUCUCAACUUGUCAAAGGGAAAAGGAGCCUAGCUCCUGGGACAUGCCUUGAACCUGAGUCACACUUCAUGGACUUUGCAGGUAAUCCUAACCUUCAUAAAGCCUGUUAUGCACAAUUGGACACUAAUGAUAGUUGGAUCCUAGACACUGGAGCCACUAAUCACAUGUGCUCAAACAGCAGUUUGUUUAUCACUUUACAAACACUAAACAAGCACAUAUCUGUUUGCUUUCCAGAUGGGAACACAACACAAGUGACCCAAUCUGGAAGGCUAAACCUCUUUGGAAAUUACUUCUGA